AUGGCCGACGAGGAGGCCCGCAUCCGGAAGGCAUCCCGGUGGCCACCCCUCCCGGCCGCGAAGCGGGAGUUCGACAAGAAGGCCGCGGCCAUCGCCGCCACGCUGUCGUCAGCCGCGGUGGCGGCGGCGGCGGUACCCGGGGGCGGGGUCCGCCCGAGCAAGCUUUUGCGCAAGGUGUUCUCCACGAAGGCGCUGAAGGCCUCGAUGCGACCCUUGGCGUGUCGUGCCCUCCAUCGAGGCCCGAGCCGCCGUCGACCGAAGCAACGGGCGGAAGAAACUUGGACUCUAGGCUUACACGACGUCGUAGCGGCGAUGGCCGCGACCUUCUUCGUCGGAAGCCGGACGACGGCGGCGGCGGCGACGGCAGCGCGGCGGCUCUCGCUCAAUCGGCUACCUGUCCCCCCCACCGGCGCCGAUCCGCGCCCGUGUUACAAGCGAAAGUCGGCAUCGGCGGUAUUCUAA